AUGACGGUGGUGGUCAUGUGCGACGGCGCGCCAGCCUCUCUGAAGGCGGCCGGGUGGGCCGCCGUCCCGGGGAAUCUGAUGCGGCAGCACGACGGCGAGCAACUAAUCCUUGUGCAUGCGUGGAGUAGGGAUGCUGCGCUGCGGCCUACGCAGUCGAGGGAGUCACCCGAUAAACCAUUGCCACUGGAUGAUGCGCACUCGCUGAACCGUCUCCCGCUCUCCCAGGUUGUGAAGGGCACACUCGAGACGAUCACCGAGAGCAAAGUGACUCGGGACACUCUUAAUUACAAAUUAGAAACAAUGAUUUUGGCGGAUCCGGUCCCGCACUUGACGUUCCUGUCCGCUGCACCAAUGUCGCAGGUUUCCGCAAAGGCCCCACUUACAAAAAAGGAGCUGGCGGUGCAGCAGAAGCAGCAGCAGCAGCAGCAAACAUCGAUGCCAACAGACUCAGAGGUGGAGGCUGUUGCACGAGAUGCGGAAAAAGAAGAGGCACAAAGCCGCGCCACUGCCAUUGCCUUGUACGCCAAAGAACGGGCGCUGCACCAUCAUGCAAAAACCAUUCUGUUGGGGGCAGGCAAUUCCAUGGAUGGGAAGAGCAUUCUCCUCGGACUUGUCGCCAAGACUGUUCUUCGUGAUUUGCGUCAAACAAACAUUUUGUGGUUUAUAAAGAACAAUGGCCGUGCGAUGAGGCCUACUACUGCUAUGGUGCGCUAUGUUGUUGUGCUCGUUCCCGCAUCCAAUGAUGCUCAGGCGCUUGAGCGAGAUUGCAGUGUGGUGCAGUAUGCCUUGGGAUGUCGUAGAGAAAGGAGCAUGGACACUGUGAGUGCCGUUCUUGUUGUUGAGAGUGCCACUUCACCUGAGGAGGUAGAGAGGUAUUCGCAGACGCUGCGGGCUAUGCUUCAAAGAAGCACAACGGCAAUGAAUUUGCAAGAGGCUGACGACGUGGAUGCCGAGGACCCUCCUCCUCCUCUUGCUUCUCCCGUGACGCAUGCUCCACCUUCACUGGAGAAAAACGGGGUAACGCCUGGCGAGGGUACGCCUCAGGAAGCUGUAGUGGAUGCCGGAGAGCCCUUGCCAGCUGCUGAAGAGGUGGACAGUGCCGCGGAGCAGCAGCAAUGGCCAGAGGUUUCAUUGUGUGCGCUGCGCACCACCAAGCAGGUGGCCGUGGUGACAGCAGGGAAUGCGGCGGGUCAGGUUGUAAAAUUUCUCCAGCGUCACAAGACGGACAUUGUGGUGUCUCCCUCAACUCUCCCAGAGGAGCUUCAUAUGGCCCUGCUUGCCAUGUCGAAGCCUCAUGUUCUCAUUGUGCCAUUAGCUGAACCUGCUGCAGCUGGUGGUGAUGUCGUCAUGGCGCCGCCUGAGGAGAAAAAAAAAUGUACAGAGUGA